CAACAACAUCACUCUUUUCAGUUGCAAUGUCUACGGCUAAUAACAAACCUUUUCUAUUCCCUCAUGCUAACUCCACUGUCCUCCCUGACCCCUCCAAAUUCUUCUCAUCAAAUCUGCUAUCCACACCCCUCCCUACUAACUCAUUCUUCCAAAACUUUGUUCUAAAAAAUGGUGAUCAACCUGAAUACAUCCACCCUUACCUCAUCAAAUCCUCAAACUCAUCACUUUCCAUUUCCUAUCCUAACCACUCUUCAAACUCCAAAGUGAUAUUUCAGGUCUUCAAACCCGACAUCACAAUCACUUCAUCAAAAAAAGAUAGCCAAAAAGGUUCCAAUGGAAAACAUGUCAUCUCUUCCUAUAGUGACCUCAGUGUCACCUUAGACAUUCCUUGUAUCAAUACAAGUUUCUUUCUUGUUAGAGGAAGUCCUUAUGUCACUCUUUCUUUUACUAUCCGGUUUAACAACAAUCAAGCAUGGAUACUAUACACUUCGAUCAAAAUAAAGUUGACUCAUAGCCGUUCUGAGAUCACUUCUGAGGCCUUUUCAGGCAACAUUCGCAUAGCUUUGUUGCCGGAUUCUGAUUCGAAACAUGAGGCUGUUCUUGACAGGUGCAGUUUCUGUUAUCCUGUGUCAGGUGAUGCUAUACUUAGAGAACCAUUCUGUGUUGAGUAUAAAUGGGAAAAAAAAGGUUGGGGUGAUUUGUUGAUGUUAGCACACCCUCUUCAUCUACAGCUUUUAUCUGAGAAUGAUUUGAAUAAUGUUACUGUUUUGAAUGAUUUCAAGUAUAAAAGCAUUGAUGGAGACCUUGUUGGUGUUGUUGGUGAUUCAUGGAUUUUGAAAACUGAUCCUGUUUCUGUAACUUGGUACUCUAAAAAUGGUGUGAAAGAAAAACAUCAUGAAGAAAUUGUUUCAUCACUUUUUAAGGAUGUUGAGGGUUUGAACUCGUCCUCAAUAGAAACAACUUCAUGUCAUGUUUUUGGAAAGCUGAUUGCAAGAGCUGCAAGGCUGGCUUUGAUUGCUGAAGAGGUUUUUUUCUAUGAUGUGAUUCCAAAGGUUAAGGUUAAGAAGUUUUUGAAGGAAACUAUUGAGCCUUGGCUUGAAGGAACUUUCAAAGGAAAUGGGUUUUUGUAUGAUAAAAAGUGGGGAGGCAUUGUUACUAAACAAGGGUGUAAUGAUGUUAAUGCUGAGUAUGGUUUUGGAAUUUAUAACAAUCAUCAUUAUUCAUUAGGAUUUUUUGUUUACGCAAUUGCAGUGCUUGUUAAGAUUGAUCCGGCUUGGGGCAGGAAGUAUAAGGCUCAAGCCUAUGCACUAUUGGAAGACUUUAUGAACUUGAGCACAAGUCUCAACUCCAACUAUUCGCGUUUGAGGUGUUUUGAUCUUUAUAAUUUGCAUUCUUGGGCUGGAGGGUUAACUGAAUUUGCAGAUGGAAGAAAUCAAAUGGGAAGUAGUGAAGCCGUGUUUGCAUAUUAUGCUGCAGCAUUGUUUGGAAUGGCAUAUGGUGAUGCUCAAGUUGUGUCCAUUGGAUCAACACUUGCAGCGUUGGAAAUUUGUGCCACCAAAAUGUGGUGGCACGUUAAGAAGGAUGGGAAUAUCUAUGAAAAAGGUUUUACAAAAGAGAAUAGGAUCAUUGGAGUUCUUUGGUCUAAUAAGAGAGACAGUGGAUUAUGGUUUGCUCCAGCUGAGUGCAGAGAAGCUAGGAUUGGUAUUCAAGUUUUACCAUUGUGUCCUAUUUCGGAAGUUUUGUUUUCGGAUGUUGAGUAUGUGAAGGAACUUGUUGAAUGGGCAUUGCCUGCUUUGAAAAGAGAAGGUGUUGAUGAAGGAUGGAAAGGGUAUGUGUUUGCCUUGCAGGGAAUUUUUGACAAAAAAGUUGCAAUGAAGAAUAUAAAAACCUUAAAGGGGUUUGAAGAUUCAAUGACUAAUCUCCUGUGGUGGUUACAUAGCAGAGGUUGAAGUGUUGAGAGAGUGAACUGUUUAUGGUU